CAGGGGAGCGGCCGAGCAGCAGGCGGAGUGGGCAGUGGGGCGGCCCGCCUGCGGCGAGGGUCGUCUCGAGAAGCCGUCUUACAGUUCAUAAGAACCUUUUGGGAAAGGUCCUCACCAUGGAUCUAUCACAUUCACUAACUUCAUCCAGUGACAAUGAAACCAGGGCCCUUAAUACAUUGCUUGAUGUGUUUGGAUGUGCCUUUUCACUUGAUGAUAUAGCUGAUGCGUAUGUCAAAGCAAAGGGUGAUGUCAACAAAGCUGGAGAUUUCUUGACCGACCUUCAACUUUCGUCGCCUCGUAUCAGUGAUGUCGAGCCAAGUGUUGAGACUAACAUUUCCCAGACUGACAAGGUGGUUGAAGAAAACAAUAUGGACAAUUCAAGCCAACCAAGAACUGUUUCCCAGAUUGAACAGGCAGUUGAAGAAAAGCAUACGGAGAAUUCAGAUCAAACAAGAAUGCCUGAAAAGUUGCAAAAGUCUAGUGCUGCAUUUGGUACUGUCUCCAGCAUGUUAGGAAAAGAAUCUGCCAGAGCUACAACACAAGCGAAUAGAGCAUCAAAAAAAGACAAACCUCUAAAGGUUGAACUGCCAGAGUACAUGCGUGAUGAUUUUAAGGUGAAGUCUGAUGAAUCUGGUUCUGCACCAAGGAGAGAGACUUUGAAUAACAGGGAUGUUGAGGAGUUUCUGUUUUGCAUGCUUGGUGAAGGAUUUAAGCUCAAUAUGGAAGUAAUUCGUGAUGUUCUAGGUAGCUGUGGAUAUGACAUUAAGAAGAGUAUGGAGGAAUUGAUGUCAUUUUCUGAAAAAGAUCUAGACAAGAAGGCAGAAAGCAAAAGUAAUGCAUUACAAGAUGUGGCAGUAGAAUGUUCUAUUUCCAAGGGAAAAUGCUUAGGCUCACAGUCAACCCUUAGUACCCAUUCUUCACAAGAGGGGAUGCAAAGGUCAAAACCACAGAUUUCUCCGGGAGAGUUGAUUGAAGCAAUCUUCACCGUACCUGGAAGAUUGGAGGAGGAGCCAAAACUAAGAAGAUAUGAAUUGGGUGCAAAUCGAAGCAGAGUCCCAGAUCAGAAACCAGUCUUGAAACCUCUUGAGGACAUUUCAACAUAUUCUACUAAUUUUCCUGUCAAAGUUUCCGUAGGUAGCAAAGAGCCAGCUGUGAAUGAGGAGGAUUACCAGAACUACCGCAGGGCUGCAAAGCAGCAUUGGGAUAUGAUGAAGCAGUACUAUGAGAAGGCAGCUGAUGCUUUUAGGGAGGGUAACAAGAAAGAAGUCGAUUAUCUUAUACAGGAAGGUAAGCGAUGUUACCAGAUGGCUCGGCUGGCUGAUGAGAAAUCUGCUGGGGAGAUUAUUAAGUCCAAGGAAGCAGAGUCCAGAAGUGAAGUUUGUCUUGAUCUGCGCUCACAAGAUCCAGCAAACGUACCUAAUCUCUUGAGAUUUCAUCUUAAACAGCUGGCAAACAUUCCAUCUAUGGAUUACCUAAACGUUAUUAUUGGCGUUGAUGAUGGCAGUUUCAAAAUGGGACAAAGAAGAAGAAAGGUGAUGAAGUAUCUGGAGAAGAAUUCAAUCCAGUGGACUGAAGAAGAACCCCACUCUGGGAACAUCCUCGUCCGUAUUAAUCAGGUGGGAAACCAGCAGGGAUAGGUUCAUGUACAAAGGUGGCGUGACACAAAACUGACAGAAGAUGAUAAUUAGCUCGUGGUACAUCUUCAAAUGCCGUUUUGAAUAUAGGUGCUAUCUGUUCUUUUGCAAAAGAGCCAUGUAAGCUGCCACUACCGGCAUUCUUGUUGCGCGCACGUUGCAGACGUUUUGAGUUAAUUGCUACCUCACUAGUGACCCCAGAGAUGAGAGAGGGAACACAGGUGAUCGCCUGGCAAAAGUAGUAGCGUAACGGUUAGAUAUUGAAACAUUGCCAAUAGGCCCAAUAGGCAAUACUAGCUUGUAUGCUGCGAGUGCGCAUGAACGUGUGGACAAUAUUUUCUGAUCUACCGCCAAUGGUCCGUUGCAGUUUCGAAAA